CGCUACAUAAAAUGGGGCAUAAACGGUUUCGCGGCGAUCUCCGCCAUGCUCUUCAUCCGCGACAAUUGGUUCGAAAUACAGCACGUCCGCGGUUCCUCCAUGGCACCUACACUCAGCCCGGAUGCGCACGAGACUGGUCGCGAAGACUACGUCAUUGUGAUACCGUACCAUGCUACGAUUGAUUAUAGUACAGUUCGUAAAGCAGAAGAAAAGGAGGUUUGGAGCGUAAAACGUGGUGACGUCGUAACGUUUUGGAAACCGCAUAAACCAGGCGAGAUGGGUAUCAAACGUAUUGUCGCUAUGGAAGGAGAUACGGUUUAUCCUGCAAGGGGAUAUGCGCUUGAUCCGCAAAUCUAUGAGGCGAGGUUGAAGGGUUUACCGGAUGGGCUGGUAGAUCAUGAUGAGGACAGUAUAGCGGCGAGGGAUGGUCCAGAAGUGGGCAAGGUGGUUGUGCCAUAUGGACAUGUGUGGCUUGAAGGGGAUAAUUGGAGGAAGAGCUUGGAUAGCAACGACUUUGGGCCUGUUAGCAAGGGCUUGAUUCAAGGUAAGGCUAUAAGGGUUUGGAGGGACUGGUGGAGAUUGAGAGAGGUGGGCGAUGAGAGGAAUAAGAGGGAGAAGCGGAUGAGAAGUAGGGUCGUGGAGGGACGGAGUGAGGCUCCUGAACUGUUCUUGGAG